CGGCGGUUGUGUACCGGCUCUUACAUUUUGACUACGACAAAAACUUUUCUCGUAAUCUCGAAUAUUAUUGUUAUUUUUGACAUCGAUCGAGAGCGUACUCUAUAUUUUCGUGUGUGAAAAUUGUAUUAUAAUCUUUUCUUUACGACUCUAACGGAACUGUGUUAAAUGAGUUAUUAUUUUUUUGAAUUUUAUUAAUUCGUGAUAUUAAUUUUACGAAAAAUAUCUUUUUGGUUUCGAUAAUAAUGCUUCUCUAGUUUUUUCUGCUUAACGCGAGAACACAACAAAAAAUAUUCAAGUAUGAAUUUUAAUAUUUUUCAUGUCAUGGGUAACUUAAAUCAAUUCACGUUGGCAGCUAGCGGAAAAGUUAUACUAGCUUUGCUCGUGCUCGAUUGGUUUUUGACAACAACGACCGAUGCCACGCUGCACGAACCAGGUUUCACGGGCCCCAUAGAAAACGUUACAGCGCCGCUCGGCCGAGAAGCAAUCCUUGCUUGCACCGUGCACAAUCUGUCUACCUACAAGGUUGCGUGGUUGAGGGUGGACACGCAGACCAUUCUGACAAUCCACACGCACGUCAUAUCUCGGAGCAGAAGGGUAGGGGUAACACACAGUGACCAGAGAACUUGGUUUCUGCAUAUCAGGGAGCUGAGAGAGACCGACAGAGGAUGGUACAUGUGUCAAAUCAACACGGAUCCUAUGAAAAGUCAGCUUGGCUAUUUAGAUGUUGUCGUACCUCCGGAUAUACUCGAUCGUGGAACGAGUACCGACCAGACUGUUAGAGAAGGCGCCUCUGUAAGUCUGACAUGCGCCGCGACUGGAUCACCGCAUCCCCAAAUCACGUGGCGAAGAGAACACUCAAAAUCCAUAAGCAUUUCAGACGGGAUAAAAGUGACGUCAUUGGAAGGACCGGUGUUAAAUAUAAGCCGAGUGAACAGACAGCACGCGGGUGCUUAUUUAUGCAUAGCCUCAAAUGGCGUUCCUCCCACUGUGAGCAAAAGGAUAAUGCUUACCGUUGAAUUUCCACCAGUGAUUACAAUUAGAAAUCAAUUAGUGGGCGCUGGUCUCGGCACCGAUUUGGUGUUGGAGUGUGAAACUGAAGCGUACCCCAAGCCCGUUAGCUAUUGGAGCAGAGAAACGGGUGAAAUAGUUCCUGUUGGUGGUGGUCUAGAGCCGCAGAAGAUCGAUGGAGCCUAUCGAUCCGUGCUCCGGCUCGCUAUACGAAGGGUGACUACAUCCGAUUACGGAACAUACAAAUGUGUCUCUAAAAAUUCUAUGGGAGACACCGAGGGGACUAUCAAGUUAUACCCUAUGCCCUUGCCAGCGAUGGAAAACAGAAAUGUGGUUCAGAGAUUAAACAUCGUGGCACCAGAUAAAUCUUCCGAAAGCACUCCUUUUGGAACCCAGGAUUUUAGGUUACAAGAUUACAACAGAGCAGUACUUCAGAAGCGUUUCAGUAAUCAAUUUUUGUUUUCAUUAUUAAUUUUAAUUAACAUAAUAUUUAUAUGUUUUGGGUGAUAUUUUUCUGAUGAUUAGACAAAAUAUUAUCAAAUAAAUAUGCCAUAGCACUGCACUAGCAGAAAAU